AUGAAUUCUGACUCGAGCUCUGUCUCCAGCAGAGCUUCCUCUCCGGACAUGGAUGAGAUGUACCUGAGGGACCACCACCACCGCCACCACCACCACCAGGAGAGCCGUCUCAACUCGGUCUCGUCCACGCAGGGCGAUAUGGUGCAGAAGAUGCCCGGGGAAAGCCUCUCGCGGGCCAGCGCCAAGGCCGCAGGAGAAAGCAGCAAGUACAAAAUCAAAAAGCAGCUGUCGGAGCAGGACCUACAGCAGUUACGGCUGAAGAUCAACGGACGCGAACGCAAGAGAAUGCACGACCUGAAUCUCGCCAUGGACGGGCUGCGGGAGGUCAUGCCCUACGCGCACGGGCCCUCGGUGCGCAAGCUCUCCAAGAUCGCCACUCUCCUGCUAGCCAGAAACUACAUCCUCAUGCUCACCAGCUCCCUGGAGGAGAUGAAGAGGUUGGUUGGCGAGAUCUAUGGGGGCCACCACUCGGCCUUUCACUGCGGGACCGUGGGCCACUCGGCCGGCCACCCAGCGCACGCGGCCAACGCGGUGCACCCGGUGCACCCGAUCCUGGGCGGCGCGCUCUCGUCGGGCAACGCCUCGUCCCCGCUGUCCGCAGCCUCCUUGCCCGCCAUCGGCAGCAUCCGGCCUCCCCACUCGUUGCUCAAAGCGCCCUCCACGCCGCCCGCUCUGCAGCUGGGCAGCGGCUUUCAGCACAGGGCCGGGCUGCCCUGCCCCUCCAUUUUUUUUUGCACCAUCUGCCAGAUGCCACCGCCGCCGCACCUGUCCGCUCUCUCCACCGCCAGCAUGGCCCGGUUGUCCGCCGAGUCUAAGGACUUGCUCAAGUGA